GGGGAAUUGCAAAAUGUCGUGGAAAUUUUUGAGUUGUCCUGGAAAAUAAUUUUCCAUCCUUGUGGAUAAACAAAUGGAUUAAACAUUUUGGGCAAUAUUGGGCUGUAUCGCUUCUCCUUUAAUUUCUGCAUCUAGCUGGCACAGCGCCCCACAUGACGCUUCCAACCAAUCAGAUUGCAUAAUUCCCUUCAGUUCCAGUUCCACUUCUGUUUUUCCAACUGUCUUUUUGGCUAGAUUUACAGAUUUUUCACCCCUAGAUUUAUUUCUCUAAAGAAGGGCCAAAAGUAGCGACUCGGUUCGCGAGUAUUGCAUUAUUGCCAGGGGCGGAUCUACAAGGGUGGCAUAGGGUGGCAGUUGCCACCCUAAAAGAAAGCCUUGCUACCCCUGCUGCUACCCCAGCUGGCAGCUGUAAAUUCAAUAAAUAGUUGUGGCAUUACAAACGUUAAUGUUGCAUGUCCAAAAACAUUGAACACAGCACAAAGUCGCCCAUGCAAUGGAUUGAAAUGCAGCAAAAGUCACAGGUCCGAUUACAUUGAACGCAGCACACUCACCAUCGGCGCUCGAGUUCUGAGCAGCAGAAGGCAGCGGCGGGAAGCGAGAGGAGAGGAGAUCGGGCCGACGCAGACGAGAAGGCAACCGAGGAGGUAAGAACUAAAUAACUACGCUAUUUGACUUGAUGAUAAUAGCUGCUGUUGAUUUUAAGACGAUAAAACGCCAAAGCGCGUUGUGUGUAGGUUAGCGACGCCAGGCGUACACGGUGCAGUGUGCGAACAUGGCGCUCAAGCUUUGAUUUGCUAGAAAGUUGUACAGUUUGAAAUGGAGCUGAAUGCUACGAGUGAAAAAGUCGCACAGUGUACGCCAGGCUUAAGCCAGAUUCUUAGGCCUGUAUAUGGCAGAAAAGCAGAUAUCAAUUAAAUAUUUGUCCAGAAAACAUUGUAAAUGACUUUCAAUCUUUCAGAAAUGAAGAGGAAAGGUAGUAUCUCUAGCUUUUUCUCACCAAAGAGUAAGGUGAGACAAACGGAGACUAACCAGCUCUGUUGUGGAGGAGAUGAGCUGGAAAGAGAGAGAAGAGCAACACAAAUGUGACAAAGAGCAAGAUCAGGGCCAGGAGGAAAUGAUAGAAGGGCACAGCGGUGAAGUGAUGGAGAAGGGAGAGGAUCACCACCAAGAUGAGGAGGGAGAAAGACGAGACGGUAUGCAGGGCUCAGAUAGUGGAAACACAGAGUCUGAAACAUCACCAAACAUCUCCAGUCGAGCUGGUCCACACGACAUAUCCAAGUCCUGGUGUGAGGGACCGGCACAACCAAAGCUCCAGAGUUUUCCUAAGACAUUUCAAGGAGGAGCCAGGAGAAGCUUUCACAGUGACUGGUACAAAUCCCAUCCAUGGCUGGAGUACUCACAGUUGAACAAUUCAUCGUACUGUUUUGCCUGUAGGCAUUUUUCCCUCCCUGAUGCUCCAAGGACUGUUUUCACCUCCCUUGGGGGUUAUCAGAAUUGGAAAAAGGCAAAAAUGAAAGACAGCGGUUUCUGUUCUCAUGCAAGAUCAGAAAGCCAUGUAAAUGCAAUGUUUGCAUGGACAGAGAACAAAAAAACUAUGGACAAAAAUGCUUCAUUAUUUGCAAUAAUGGAUGAGGAAAAUAAGAAACAGGUGACUGAAAAUCAGUAUUACAUUAAAACACUGGCUGAGAUCCUUGUUCUAACUGCAACAGAAAAUGUCGCCCAGCGGAGUCACAGGGAGACUUCAGAUUCUGAGAAAAAAGGGAUUUUUCUAUCUAUGUUAGAUUUGCUAAGUAACCAUAAUCCUGUCAUUAAAAAAAGACUUGAACAACAAGCGAAAAAUGCCAAGUACACUAGUAAAACAAUCCAAAAUGAAAUACUUGAAUGCCUAGCUGGAAUGGUUAAAAAGGAAAUCAUUCAAGAGGUUAAAAAGAGCAAGCAGUUUUCAGUGAUUGUGGAUGAAACUAGAGAUGUUCAAAAAAAGAACAAAUUUCAUUUGUUCUGAGAUACUAUUACAGUGGUGUGGUUCAUGAGAGUUUUCUUGAGUUUGAAGAGGCAGAAGAGAUGGAUGCUGCUGCCUUAAGUGACAAGAUCAUAAACUUUCUUGAGAAGCAUGGCCUAGAGUACAAGGACAACCUCGUAGGUCAAGGCUAUGAUGGUGCAGCAGUUAUGCGUGGGGCACAUGCAGGUGUCCAAACUAAAAUAAAAGAAGUGGCUAAACAUGCCUUUUAUGUUCACUGCAGCGCACAUUGCUUAAACUUGGUCAUUGUAGACGCUGUAAAAAGUGUGGCAGAUGCAGGAAACUUCUUCUCCUUGUUGGAACGAAUGUACACAUUCAUAUCUGGCUCGUAUGUACAUAACAGAUGGCUGGAAGUGCAGCGGGAGAUGUUUGAUGGUGCACCACGAGAGCUUCAACAGCUAAGUGAUACACGCUGGGCUUGUAGGCACAUAGCAUGUCGCAAUGUUAUGGACAGGUUGCCUGCAAUUGUACAGGUGCUUGAAGAGAUUGCAUCUGAGAAACAUCCACAAAGAGCUGUUGAAGCAAGAGGGAUAUUGGCUCAGAUUGAUCUAAAUUUUGCCAGAUGUCUUGUUCUAUUUCGAAAGGUUCUCAGUGACUCCAAAUAUUUAUCAGACCUGCUCCAGUCUAAAACGGUGGAUUAUUCCAAGGUUGUUGAGCUUGUUGAAUCACUAAAAGAGACACUGAUCCAGUACCGUAGUCAUGACUCGUUUGAGGAAAUGUUGAGUGAAACACUUGAGUUAUGCACACGAAGCAGCAUUGAGACAACUCAGCACAAACCAAAGAGGCCAAGAGUCAUAUCAAAGGUGCUUCAGGGCAGUUUCGUUGCCUUCACCUUAGGACAGCAUGAAGUUCCAGAUAACAAACACACUUUUUGCUUCUCUGUGUACUAUCCAGUUCUGGAUAACAUGAUUGGAGAAAUAGGAAGAAGGUUUUCUAACACAAACUGUAACAUAAUGCAAGGUGUGCAGGCACUAAAUCCAUCAAGUCAGACAUUUUUGAGAGAGGAGACGGUUCUUCUGUUGGCUGAAGCUUAUGAUUCCAACACUGAGGAUCUCAAACAUGAGUUACAUCAGAUGAGAAGAGUGUUGCAGAGAAAAAAAGGGGGAAAGGAGAGUCCUACCACUCUGAUGGAGAUGACUCAGUUUUUAGACCCUUAUCAGGAUGUUUUUCAUGAAUUGUUUAGGUUGUGUUAAAUAGCUGUUGUUUUACCAGUAAGCAGUGCAUCCUGUGAACAAUGUUUUUCAACUCUCAGGCUCAUAAAGACCUAUUUGCGGUCUGCUAUGACAGAGAAAAGACUAUCAAGCUUGGCUGUACUCAGCAUUGAAUCAAAACGGGCAAAAUCUUUGGAUCUUGAUGAAUUUGUAAAGUGUUUUGCUGAGCAACAUGGAAACCGUCGCAUUCAGCUGUUGUAGGAAUGACAUAAUUUUAUAAUAUGUUUUAUUUUUGUGAUGGGCCUUUAAGCUUAUUAAAUGAGCACCCAAAACAAAGGAAUAUGUAAAUACUGGGAAAAGAUAAAAGAAAACAUGUUUCUGAGUGAACAAUAAAACCAAAGUACAAUAUCUCGUUGCAGUGAAAUAUUUCAUUACACACAGUGCAAUUAGAUUUACCUUGGUUC